CCUGGUGGGGGCGGGGGUGGGGGGGAUAUUCCUGCCAGCUAGCCUUAGACUCCUGAUGGAGACUAUGCUUCUGUAAUCUAUGAAAAGGAGACAAGUGUCUCAACACCUGCCAGGAAACAGGAGACUUCACUCUGAAGUAACUGAUAAACAAGUGUGAAGCAUGAGGAUCAACUCAGCUAUUCAGGCUGCUAUUGACCUCACAGCAGGAGCUGCAGGUGGGACAGCAUGUGUGCUGACUGGCCAGCCCUUUGACACUGCAAAGGUGAAGAUGCAGACAUUCCCCAACAUGUACAAAGGAAUUGUAGACUGUUUUGUGAAAACCUACAAGCAAGUGGGGUUUCAAGGCUUCUACAAGGGAACUACACCAGCACUUGUGGCCAACAUUGCAGAGAACUCUGUUCUGUUCAUGUGCUAUGGAUUUUGCCAACAAAUUGUGAGAAGAAUUGUCGGAGUAGACAGGAAAACAAAGCUCAGUGAUCUGCAGAACGCUGCUGCAGGCUCCUUCGCCUCUGCCUUUGCCACCCUUGUCCUCUGUCCCACAGAGCUGGUGAAGUGCCGACUGCAGGCCAUGCAUGAAAUGCAGUUGUCAGGAAAAAUAGUCCAAGGACACAAUACAGUUUGGUCAGUAGUGAAGGGUGUUAUUCAAAAGGAUGGUCCCCUUGGAUUUUACCGUGGCCUGUCAAGCACUUUGCUGCGGGAAGUCCCAGGCUAUUUCUUCUUCUUUGGAGGGUAUGAAUUGAGUCGGACAUUCUUUGCCUCUGGGAGAUCAAAAGAUGAGUUAGGUCCCAUUCCUUUGCUACUGAGUGGAGGUUUUGGAGGCAGCUGUCUGUGGAUUGCUGUGUAUCCCGUGGACUGUGUCAAAUCUAGAAUUCAGGUUCUCUCAAUGGCUGGAAAACAGGCAGGCUUUAUGGGGACGUUUGUAACUGUUGUGAGAACUGAAGGUGUACUUGCCUUGUAUUCUGGACUAAAGCCAACUAUGAUCCGUGCAUUCCUGGCCAACGGGGCACUGUUUCUUGCCUAUGAGUACAGCCGGAAACUUAUGAUGAAACAAAUAGAUUCGUACUGAUACCUUCCAGCAGAUGGAGAACAAAUGGUUGUUUAAGGAUUAUUUAAAUAAAUGAUCAAAAGCCUGUAGAUCACAUCAUGGUCUGAGUAGGGCCAAAACAGUGACCUAAUUUUAGGAACUCAACUCCAGUUUAGGAUUUGUAAUCUUUUAAAUUCAGGUGAUUUCUAUAGAUGUGUACAUGCUGCUUAAAUUGGACCAGCAGGAUUAUCUCCAUCUCGCAGAGUCUGCACUAGGUACACUGCAUGUCAUAAAUCUAUUUUCCUGACCUAUAAUGGUGCUAAAAAGACUUCAUGUUGACCUGUUGGGUUUAAUGUAACAUGCAGCAGUAGGCUGUGUUUUGUUUAAGACAAAGCACUGUUUUAAGAUCUGUGCUGUGGUGGUGCACUUUCUCAGAUGUUGCUGACAAGUGUCUGACUCAGAGUAACAGCAGUCCUGUCUAAUCUUGCUGAGUAUGGCUGACUUCUACAUAUCCCUCAUCUAGAUGCCUGCCCUUCUCCAGCUCUCUUCUGCUCUCUGACUUUCCAGGGUCAUGGCAGGCAGUGUCCAACUUGUGUACUCUGGGCUUAUAAAAUAGGAAGUGUUCACCCCUUACCUUUACUUGUAUGACUUGGAGCCUGAGGUAUGCCUGUAUUUGAGAUAAAAACAUGUAGUUACUGGGUUUAAGGAGUCCAUGCAGCAUUUUAUUUUCUAAAUCCUUUUGAGAAGUGCUGGAGUAUACUAAGCACCACUGAAUUAAGCACUUAGUGUAAGGGAGACUGUUGGAAAUAGCUGCUGGUGCUGAGCACAGAAUUGUAGCUUUGUGCAGGCUCCUGGUUGGGUCACCUUGAUGUGAGUGAGUCCAUGUGCUUGAAGGGCAAGAAGCUGAAGAGGAGCAAAAAGUCAGGACUGAGGUUUUAAAGACAACUGACACUGUCGUCUCCAUGGCGUAACAUGUGCUCACUUGGGCUGGAGUCCUGCCACUUGCUGUGUCUCCUUCAGCGGAGUGGAAAAAGCUCAUAUGACUGGAUAGUUUGUAUCACCUUCAGGCCUGGAGGGCAUGACUGCUUGGUCAUGUUACUUGAUUAAACAUGCAGUGAGUGUUACCCAAAAUAAUGCAGGAACACCUAUUUCUAGAUGCCACUUUGAUUCUUGAAGUAGGAUGUUCUUUAUACAAGCAACCACUGCUUGUAAGAGGCAGCUACUACCUAUCCUGGGAGAAGGCAAAGCAGGUCUCAGCAGCACAGUGCAAGACUCAGGCCUGGAGUUGGACAGGGGGACACUGCUGUGACAGCCCACCCUUGUGGAGGACACAGAGUGCUCAGAUCCACCAAAAUCAUGGAUUAGCACAAUUUGUCAGUGACUGACAGCAGUCACAGCUGGAAGAGCUCAAUUUUGCAUGUUACAGCUUCCCUUUCAGAUCCCAGAAACAGGAAAAAGCUUUAGGCAUAGGUGAAAGCAUGUCACUACCUCCUGCCUCUUGCAGUGCAGCCAGGGUGUGCUUAAACUGGCUCCUCCACUGCACUGAAAGGUGGUUGCUGCAGUUCCACAGACUCUUCCUGCUUGCCCAGCCUUCACAUGCAGCAACAAACUGUUCAUUCCCCCUUUCAUACACCCAUGAGAUGAGGCAGUUAGAGCAGGGUGUGGUUGGAGAAUCUUCACUGUCUUGCACCAAUUCACCUUGACUGGUACAUUAGGGGCAGUAUUACUGUACAUUGUCAGUACUUCAAAAGGAAUUUAUACCAAAUGUUUAAAUAAUCCAGGUAGGAGGGUGAAGCUUUAAGAGUUGUUAGACUUCCCCUUCUUUUCAAAGGUGUCUAGCCAGAGAAAGUAUAUUUGUACAUGUUUCUAAUAGUUAUGAAAAGUUGAAGAUUGAUUCCACAUCGGUGGAAUAUUUCAAUCUAUUUCUUAGAUUUGUCUUUGCUUUCAUUUUUUAAAGCUCAUGGUUGCAGUUUUUAAUACAAAAGUUGAAGCUUCAAGAGAAGCAUGAUAUUUUGAACUGAACCUCCAGCAAGAAGCUGGUGGCUGAAAUAGACACAGUUGGAGAGUUUAUCUCUUGAAGGUGAUAUAAGCAGUAAUUUUUCCAUUUACAGCUGCUUAAACUGUACACAUGUAUUGGUUGUUCAGCUAAGAAUAAUGUUGGCAGAGGAAUUAAUGGGAAUAAAGUUUGAUUUGAUUAA